AAGUGAGUGAGUAAGCCCCAGCUGUACAGCCUGUAUCCUGUAUCCUGACACUCAGAAGAUAAGGUGGCUCGGGGGCUAGUGGAGCUCUCCUACUGGUAUAUGAAAGCUUAGUUCUCUCUGCCCUUAUUUAGAUUUUCUACUGUAGUCUCCAGGGGGAAAACAGAGCGACUGGCAACAGCAGAGGAUGAGAUUCUUUUCGUGAAAAGCGACGUAGCUAGCCAGCGGACAUCCUCCUUUGCUUCACAUCUGGAAAGUAAAAUCCCAAGUUUAAUUAUUGGAAGCUCCACACAAGUAAGGAGGGUGUGUAUCAGACAGAGAACUGUACUACAGGGGAAAAGAAACUGGAGGCAAGCAAGGAAUGGCUAACAUUUCCCUUUGGAUGUAUGCUUACGUUCUGCCAGUAUUUUUGUGGCAUAUCUACCCUUGCAGUGCUUCAUUUGAGGGUAGUGCAUUUCACCUGGAAGCUGAAGGUAGCACUUCAACCACCAGCAAGAUUGACUCCAAUAUCAUAGAUGUGCAGCAAUCCUACAUCCCAGCCAGACUCAUCCCACUGUCACAGAGAUGUCAAGCAGGAUUGUACUAUUCAGUUUCUGGAGAAUGUCUACCAUGUUCGUGCAAUGGAAAUGCAUACAAAUGCCUAGAUGGUUCCGGUUCCUGUGUGGACUGCCAAAGAAAUACAACAGGCAAGCACUGUGAGAGAUGUCCAACUGGUUACAUGGCUGAUGUAGUCCAAGGAGUACUAAAAUCCUGCCUGCAAUGUCCCUGUCCACUGCAGUUCAGUUCCAACAACUUUGCCCUUACUUGUGCUUUGAAGAGAGGUUCUGUGCGCUGCAUUUGUAAAGAAAAUUUUGCUGGACCUAAAUGUGAAAGGUGUGCACCAGGCUAUUAUGGCAGCCCACUGCUAAUAGGUGGCACAUGUCGAAAAUGUGACUGCAGUGGAAACUCAGAUCCCAACAUGAUUUUUGAAGACUGCAAUGAAGUCACAGGGCAAUGCAACAGUUGUAUGGGUGACACCACAGGAUUUCACUGUGAGCGAUGUGCACCGGGGUAUUACGGAGAUGCUAGAACGGCUAAAAACUGCACAGAGUGUCGCUGUUCAAAGUGUGGUACAGAUACCUGCAGUGAUAUCACAGGGAAAUGUCAUUGCAAACCAGGUGUGACUGGAGUAACCUGUGACCGUUGUCAAAUUGGAUACUACGGCCUUGACAGUUGCUUAGGUUGUCAGAAGUGUAAAUGCAGUGCUGCUUCCAUAGACAACAGCUGUGAUCCUAUAGGUCAACAGUGCAGAUGCAAACCAGGAGCAGGGGGUCUGCAAUGUGAGAGAUGCAAGUCUGGAUACUGGAAUUAUGGGCCAUCUGGCUGCCAGAAAUGCAACUGUGGUGGCGGACCAUGUAACAAUAAAACAGGAGUAUGUCUACUAGAGGAUCCUGAUUCCCCAAGUGGAUCAAACUGCUCAUUUGAUUGCGAUAAAUGUAUCUGGGACCUAAUUGAUGACAUCAGGCUCAGCGAUAUAUUAAUAAAUGAAACCAGGUCAACAAUAGGGAGUAUAUCCACUGGAGUGGCAGUUAACAGACUCCUGAAUGGCAUUAACUCAUCAGUCAUCCAACUCACGGACAAUCUGCAAGAUAAGAAGAGUCAGUCAUUGUCUGAAGAUCUCCAGGUUGCUGACAUUGAAACAGAAGUAGAACUCCUGCAUGCCGAAGUCAGUGAAAUUGCUGAGAAGGGAAAUCUUGCAGAGAUAAAAGGCCAGCUGAUGCACAAGGAAACUAUGGAAACAAUGAGCCGUGCAAAGUUGACUGCAGAACUAGUUAGUGACAUAGAAGAUGAGAUUAAAGAAACACUUGUUAAACUGAAGCAUUAUCAAUCCCUGCAAGGGGAUGUGAGCCCAACAGAUCGAAUUAAAAGCAUAAAGGAAGCAGAGCAAAUGCUCAAGGAACUCUCAGUACUAAACUUUGACCUUCAAAAAAAGCUGGUCCAAGAAGAAGCAGAAAAUGCAGAAGACUUGUUAAGUGAAGUCCAAGAAGAUUGGCUGCAGAAACACAACAAUACUCUGUCUCUGUUUCCGAUUGUACUGGAGCCCAUCACAGAAUACAAUAUGAAGCUAUCUGAUCUGGAAGAAUAUAUAAAGGAAGCUCGCAACAACAUUAUGGAAACAACUAAAAAAAACACAGAAAACAGCGGCAAGCUUCAAAUACAAGAUGAACAGAUAACAACUGUGAAUGAAGCAGCAACAUCUACCAACGAUGCCUUAAAAGAAGCCUGGACAACAUUAAAUGAUACCAAUGUGAUCAUUGAAGAUAUUAAUGGCAUAAUCAAGAAUAUGACUGGUCACCAUGCUGAAAUAGAUGGAGCUACAACUGGACUGCAGGAGAAAAUAGCUAAUUUAUCUGACAACGUUGAAGACCUAGUUCGGCAGGCUGUAGAUCAUGCACUUGUACUUGAAAGGUACUCUGAUGAACUAAAAAGUGACUUGAAGAACGUCGACACAAAUGGAUUGGUCCAAAAAGCUCUUGAUGCCUCCAAUGUGUAUGAGAGAAUUGUAACUCUUGUUGAAGAUGCCAAUGAGACAUCUGUUAUGGCUGCGAAUGCUGCUGACAGAGCUAAAGAUGCUGUGGAUGGUAUCAAUAACCAAGCUACCUUCCAGAGGGGAGAAAGUGAUCGACUAAUUGCUCAAGCCAACGACCUCAGAAACUCUGAGGUUAUCAGUAAGCAUUUAGGUUUAACUGAGACCAGAAAACGGGUUGAUGCUGGUACUGCUAGAAAAUCAUCCUUGAAUGACACGCUGGCAAACAUUAUUGCUAAACUUCAACUAACAGAGGAUGAUGAAACCAGAAAACGUCUUGAAAAGUCAAAACUAAUGGCAGAUAAAGCUCUAAAUAUUUCUGCCAUGGUGACUGAGAUGACUGACCCAAUGACAAAAAAUGCAAACAUGUGGAAAGAAGACCUUAGCAGUUCGGGUUUUGAUGCUUCUGCUUACAACUCAGUUGUAAAUGCAGCUGGAGAAUCAGUGAAGAACCUGACAGAGGUAAUGCCACUACUGCUGACUAAACUGCGCACUGUAGAACACAACUUUCCAUCAAACAACAUUUCGUCCAGUAUUCUCCGUAUCCGUGAGCUCAUUGCCCAGACAAGAAGUGUGGCCAGUAAGGUUCAAGUAUCAAUGAAGUUUAGAGGUAAAUCAGCAGUUAAUGUCAAUCUGAAAACAAACCUUGCUGACCUAAAGGCCUACUCAUCUAUGAGUCUAUACAUUAAUCCAGAAGCACACCAACAACAGCCUCAAGACAGAUUUAUUAUGUACCUUGGACAUAAAAAUGCCAAAUCAGAUUACAUGGGUCUCGCUAUUAAGCGCAAUAACCUGGUUUACAUAUACAACUUGGGAAGUGGAGAUGUGGAAAUUCCCCUGGACUCCAAGCCCAUCAGUACAUGGCCAGAAUAUUUUAGCCUUGUGAAAAUAGAAAGGUUGGGACGACAUGGAAAAGUACUUCUAACUGUACCUAGUCAGACUGGUGCAACAGAGGAAAAAUUCAUUAAGAAGAGUGAGGCUUCCGGCAGUGACUCACUUCUGGAUCUGGACCCUGACAAUACUGUAUUCUAUGUUGGUGGUGUGCCUGAAAGAUUUAAGCUCCCGGCCAGUUUGAACCUACCUGGCUUUGUUGGCUGUCUGGAACUGGCUGCUGUAAAUGAUGAUAUUGUCAGCUUAUAUAAUUUCCAUAACAUCCAUAACAUCAAUACAGCCACAGUGCCACCUUGUGUGAGAAAUAAGCUGGCGUUCACUCAAAGUCGGGCAGCAUCCUACUUCUUUGAUGGCACUGGUUAUGCUGUAAUACGCAACAUAGAAAGAAGGGGGCGCUUUACCCAAGUUACCCGAUUUGAUAUUGAAGUCCGAACACCUGUAGACAAUGCUCUUGUUUUCUUAAUGGUUAAUGGCACAAAAUUCUUUAGCUUGGAAAUCCAAGAUGGCUACCUGCGCCUUCUGUACGACUUUGGCUUUAGUAAAGGUCCCGUGCUCCUGGAUGACUCAAUGAAAAAAGCUCAGAUCAAUGAUGCAAGAUUUCAUGAGAUCUCUGUCAUUUAUCACAAUUCCAAGAAGAUGAUCUUGGUGGUUGACAGGAAACAUGUGAAGAGUGUUGACAAUGAUAAGACAUCAAUUCCAUUUACUGACAUUUAUAUUGGAGGAGCUCCUACAAACAUUCUGGAGAGUAUGAAGGCUCAUGUGGCUGCAGAUAUUGCAUACAGGGGAUGUAUGAAGAGCUUCCAAUUCCAGAAAAAAGAUUUCAAUCUCUUAGAAGAACCAGACACCAUUGGAAUCAGCUAUGGUUGCCCAGAAGAUUCCCUUAUGUCUCGCAGAGCAUAUUUCAAUGGACAAAGCUUUAUUGCAUCCAGUCAAAAGGUAGCUCCCUUUGAUGGUUUUGAAGGAGGUUUCAGCUUCAAGACCCUACAGCCAAGUGGAUUAUUGCUCUAUCAUUCUGAAGGGGCUGAUAUGUUCUCCGUUUCCAUGGAUAAAGGUGCUGUAGUCUUAACAGUAAAAGACAUGAAGGUGCAGUCCAAGAAUACGCAAUACAACGAUGGACACAAUCAUUUUAUUGUGACUUCAGUUUCACAAACUGGGUGUCAUCUGUUGGUAGAUGAGACAGAUUCUAGUUCCCAGCAAAGAGAUGAAAAAGACAUAACCCUUCCAUCAGCAAGAAAGUUCUACUUUGGUGGUUCUCCUAAUGGUGCUUCACAAGCUAACUUUACAGGGUGUAUCAGCAAUGCUUAUUUCACCAGAACUGACAGAGAUGUGGAAGUUGAGGACUUUCAGAAAUACCAAGAAAAGGUCCAAGUCUCCUUGUAUGGAUGUCCUGUAGAAACACCACCCAUCGCUCUGACCCAUAAACGUGGUAAGAACUCUUCAAAGGACAAAGGAAAGCAAAAAAAGAGACUUGGUAAAAAUAAAGCAGAACCAUCACACAGUGUAACUGAGGCUAAAGGCAUAGAAGCAGAAGACUCACAAGUAGCCUCCCAGUGUGCUCUAUCUGGAAGACCAAGAUCUGUCAAGAAUGCCUAUCUCUAUGGAGGAACUGCUAACAGCCGCCAGGAGUUUAAGCAUCUUCCUAAACAAUUCAAUCAAAAGUAAGCUAUGUCAUGCUUGUCAGCA